CGUGUGCUGUAAUUAUUUAAUGAAACUGCUUAAAACCUUUCACGUUUCCUAGUCUGGAUAUUAAAAUUGCAUUUAUUAAUAGCUUAACCCAAAUUAAACACAGGUCAUUUAUUUUUUAUAAAAUAUGAACUUGGCAAGUUCAUAAGAAGUUUAAAAUAACAAGACACAUAUUUAUUUUAUAGAUUUCUCUGUGGUUUGCGUGUCGUAAAUAUAAUGCUGAAAAUUGUUUGUCCGGGCAUUGUUAUUAACAUUGUUUAAUACUAGAUUCCUUUAAAAACAAUUUUUGUUAUGUACUUUUAAUCAUGUAAUUUUGCGUAUUCAGUACAGUUUAAUAUCUAUUUAACGCUGUUAGUUACAAGGCACGCCGCAAUGCCAACAGCGUUUGUUUUUUCAUAGUAGUUUCAUAUUAUACCGCAUUUCCGCGGAGCGUUGGUUACUCUGUGUCUUCUAUUGAUUACGUCGGCCGACAUGUUGGAUUGAUGCUGAGCGCCGCUGGACCGAUUCUGUGUGUAUCAUCUCCCGGCUAUGGCACUAUAGUAUCUGUUAAAAUAAAGAAUGAAGUAGUUUGCAACAAAAAGUCUUUAAUUAGGAUGAAAUUAAAUGCAGUACUAUGAAGUAUGAAACUGUGAAGGCGGUGUACUGCUAAAAGUCUAAGAAUGUUGUUUCGAAUGCACCGUAUUUUGGUCCUGUUAAGUUUCCUAACGAUAACAUCAGGGUUGAAGUCUGUGACCUACGAGGCGAACCCAGAUGCGAAGCGGCUGUACGACGACCUAAUGAGCAACUACAAUCGUCUGAUCAGACCAGUCAGCAACAACUCGGACACUCUCACGGUCUGGCUGGGUCUCAAACUAUCCCAACUCAUCGAGGUGAAUUUGAAGAACCAAGUUAUGACGACGAAUUUAUGGGUCCAGCAGAAAUGGAAAGAUUACAAACUUCAUUGGGAGCCAGAGGACUAUGGCGGUGUUGAGAUGCUAUACGUCCCGUCGGAGCACAUUUGGCUACCCGACAUCGUGCUUUAUAACAAUGCGGACGGCAAUUAUGAGGUCACACUAAUGACAAAGGCGACCCUCAAGCACACGGGAGAAGUGUACUGGAAGCCUCCAGCGAUCUACAAAUCCUCCUGCGAGAUUAAUGUUGAGUAUUUCCCAUUUGAUCAGCAAAGCUGCAUCAUGAAGUUCGGUUCCUGGACUUACAAUGGCUUCCAGGUUGACUUGAAACACAUGGACCAGCAACCGGGAAGUAACCUGGUGAAUGUUGGUAUUGACCUGAGCGAGUUCUACUUAUCUGUAGAAUGGGACAUUCUGGCAGUCCCUGCGCGAAGGAAUGAAGAAUACUACCCCUGUUGUGCAGAGCCUUAUUCCGACAUCACGUUCAACUUGACGAUGCGCCGAAAGACUCUGUUCUACACUGUGAACCUCAUCAUCCCCUGCGUUGGAAUCACGUUCCUCACUGUGCUGGUGUUCUACUUGCCUUCCGACUCGGGCGAGAAGGUGUCGCUCUGCGUCUCCAUCCUCCUGUCACUCACAGUGUUCUUUCUGCUGCUCGCUGAAAUCAUCCCACCAACAUCUCUAGCGGUACCUCUGCUGGGCAAGUACCUGCUCUUCACCAUGAUACUCGUCACGCUGUCCAUCUCCAUUACCGUCUUCGUCCUCAAUGUUCAUUUCCGUUCUUCUUCCACGCACAAGAUGUCUCCGUGGGUGAAGCGUGUCUUCCUAAAUUUCAUGCCCCGAUUGCUUAUGAUGCGCCGACCACAUUAUUCGUCGCGGGAAAAUAUCGAAGAAACAAACUUUUCAGACAACGGCAAUACCAACGAAAUGGACGUCAGGGACAGCAUAAGCGACCCAUAUCCAUUGGAAAUUAAAGGGAGUCCAGGGUUUGAAUCUGUAUCAACGGCGUACAAGACGGUACUCAGCCAGGACGAAGAAACCAGGCAGCACCAGCCACAUUCAUCCGUGACGGACUCUGAUAACACCUUGCCGCGCCAGCUGUCACCAGAUGUCCUGUCUGCCUUGCAGGGAGUGCGCUUCAUAGCACAGCACAUCAAAGACGCCGACAAGGACAAUGAGAUUGUUGAAGAUUGGAAGUACGUGUCGAUGGUACUUGAUCGCUUCUUCCUCUGGGUGUUUACGCUCGCUUGCAUCGGGGGAACCUGUGGAAUUAUUUUCCAGGCGCCGUCACUCUACGACAAGCGCAAGCCGAUUGACGAAGUACUGUCCGGGAUUCCUCUGCGUAAGAACAACUUUCAGGUGCCCCAGGAUGACUAUGAAAACUGAUAAUCAGGGCACUGUCACAACACCACAACGUCACGGACUAAACAGGAUAUAAUAAUUUUCAAGUUUUACAGUUUUAGUAUGUUUGUAAGAAAUGGCGUUGCCUUUGAAGAAUAUUGACAAACCUUUCUGUAAAAUGUAUUUUCAGAUACAAAGUCAUUGUAUUAUUUGGUGAGAUUUCAAGUUCUCACGGCGACUGGAAGACGGUUUUCCGAUGGGAUGUUGCGCUCUGUGUUAUGGUUGAGGGUGAACCGACAUUUUCAGUCACGAGCGAAAAAGUUGCUUCAGAUUUUGGAACAAAUCAAACAAAUCAGAAGCUUCAUCAAACCAAUGGGUGAGAGGUGAAGGGUUGGAAUGAGGACAAACUGAAAAAGUGUGACAAAAGGAGAGGAGAUUUAGAAUUAUUGGAAAAUCAGAAAAUGCAACAUGUGGAGUGAGAAUACUAAAGAAUGAAACUACAGAGAAGAGAUAAAAAGAAAGGGAGGGAAAAUAAAGAAUAAACAAAAAUAAAAUUAUAUAAAAGUAGAUAAAUGAAUACCAGGGGGAAUUACGGAUACGGGCCCGACAUGCAAAAGAGGGAAGAAACAGCCCUUAUAAAGGCUGACGGGACCAACAGUGAUCAGAGGAAACAGAGGAAGUUAAAUAUAAAAUGAACGGGGACAAUUUAAGGGGACAUGGGAUAAAUAAAUAGAAUUAAACAGCUGGGAGGGGUAAAAGGGGAGAUGUGUACCAGAGUUCAUUCCAGAAAACAGUAAUCUUCAUUACAUUUUCUGUAAAUUGUAAUUUCGACAUGGUCUAAUGGUCAUAUGUUAUUUAAAUUAUUCUUCACGAAGGAAGAAUAAGAUAUUUAGAAUAACGGAAUUUGAUUUUUUAAAUUACACAUGGUUGAACAUAAAUGUUUACCAUACUGAAGCUCAAAAACAGAAUUAGAAUAAUCAAUACAUGGGUAAAUAUUGUUUCUAAACUUGUUAAACGUGGCAUUUUUCAAUAACUAGAAUUGGGGGUAGAAGUUUAAUGUUGGUUCAGAAGUGGUUUAACAUUCGUAUGCGAAUAAUCAAGACAUAUGAAUGCUGUGUGACAGCACACAUAUCCAGAUAAAUGGCCUGGAUGUCUACUGGGAUUAAUGUAACCUGGGAGGUGUUUGCUAGGAGGCCUCCCGAAUCCUUUAGGUACUGCUAUUAACCAACUUUGAAGAACGUAAUCUUCUCAAGUAACUAUUUCCAAAUGCUGCGAUGAAGAAUUCGAACUUUCUUCCGUGUUUCACAGUCGUAUGAAAGAGAACCUUUAACAUUGCUAUUAAAUAUUAUUAACUUCAUUUUAAGGAACAUAUUUUUGCUGGCACUUGGUAUAAAUGUACACAAAUUCAUGCGGGAAUAAAAUGUAUUUUCUUCCUUUGCGUUAGGUUAUGUUCUACAACUUUCACCUAAUCAAAAUUUCCGUGACUCAGAGCGAGAAAUGAAUGCUGUAGCUGGUACAUUGUGCCCUUGGGAACAAACUCUUCGUCAUAUUGGAAGUUAUUUUCGAGGUUUACUGCGUGUCUGUGCUGUCUGCUGCUUCCGGUUUGUUCUCACUACUACAUUUCUUGGUAGUCACGAAAUAAUACGAAUUCAAUAACGUUGUGAACUUUUGUGUAUAUUAAUACAUUUAAAUAUAUAAGAUUAUUUAGGAUGUGUGCAACUUUCUCUUUAGAUCCAAAAUAAUAAAGAGAAUAUUCACAUUUUAUCGCGCGUUGCAUAUGUUGUAAUAAAAUUUUAUGAAAAUACGCUUGUAAUUAUCCAUGAUGCAUGCUUUGGAGCUUUGUCUGUAAAUAUGAAAUAGACAUUGAGUUCGUUAGAAAGAAAAAUGUAUGUAUGGAAUAAAUUAUUCGUUAUACGUAUGUUGACAUGCAAACGUAUCUUCCUUAAGAGUGUGAAGAGUGUCGAAAUUUAUUUAGGCGUUACAUUUUUUAUUUGCUUGUGGUAAAUAAAUCUACCCAGAAUUAGCGUGCAUCUCCACUAAAUUAUAUUUGUACGAUGGAUAUCGACGUUUGGUUUUCGCUUAUCGAAAGUUCAAAAGCAGAUGCUGUGGCGAUCUGUUCAGCUCUUUUUAGAAUCCCGUUGUAUUAAGAGUGAUGUUGACCCGUGUCUGUUAUUGUUUUUAUGGAAAUUUAAGAUGUACAGGAAGAAGGAAUAUGUUAAUUCAAAGUGGUUCAAUACAGGAAGGAUCACUGUUUUAAUAAAAGAGCAAUUGAAUUUAUCUAAUAACAAUGUUAUUGAAUGUAGUAUAAUAUAUUAAUUUCAUGUUAGUGAGUUAACAGUUUUAAUAAACUUGUUCAUCAUAAUGUGUGCAUUGUGGAAGGGAAAAAAUUAUAAAAGUUCGAACGUU